CGAGUUUAAAAGCGACUUCCUGGAGCUGCUCAGCAGACGUUUUGGAACCAAGCGAGUGCACAACAACAUUGUCUACAAUGAAUACAUCAGCGACAGAGAGCACGUCCACAUGAACUCCACCCAGUGGGAGACCCUCACCGACUUCACCAAGUGGCUGGGCAGAGAAGGUUUCUGUAAGGUCGACGAGACCCCUAAAGGCUGGUACGUCCAGUACAUCGACCGCGACCCGGAGACCAUCCGCCGCCAAGAGGAGCAGGCGAGGAAGAAGAAGCAGGACCUGGAUGACGAGGAGAGGAGCGCCAAGUUCAUCGAGGAGCAGGUCCGCAGAGGCCGCGACGGCAAGGAGCCCGAAGAAACUCCAGUUUACACAGAGCUGAAACGUGAGAGUGAAGAAGAAAAAAUCGCUUUCAACCUGGGAGCCUCUUCAUGUGUAGCCGGUCCUUCCAAAUCGAGUUCGGCCCUGGGUGCUAGCGCUCUCAAAGCAGCAGCAGCAUCAUCCUCCUCUUCCACCAAGAGGAAAGACACGUCCUCCAGUUCAGACUCCAGAUCGGAUAAGAAGAAGAAAUCUGCUCUGGAGGAGAUCAUAGAGAUGGAGGAGAGGAAGAAGAAGAAGCAGCAGCAGGUCAGAACAGAUUACUGGCUGCAGCCCAACAUUGUGGUCAAAGUUGUCACCAAGAGGCUGGGAGAUAGGUACCACAAGAAGAAGGCUGUCGUCACGGAAGUGCGAGACAAGUAUGCAGCGGUGGUGAAGAUAAUCGACUCCGGAGACAAACUGAAACUGGACCAGAAUCACGUGGAGACGGUCAUACCUGCACCAGGUAAACGGGUUCUGAUCCUGAACGGUCCGUACAGAGACACGGAGGCUGUGCUGGAGGGGAUAGACGAAAAGAACUUCAGCGCUACGCUCACGCUCGACUCUGGUAAGGAGAAGGGGAAGAGAGUGGACAUCGCCUAUGAGGAUUUCUCAAAACUGGUCUGAACCAACAACCUUCCUGUUUUAACCUCAGGCAGUCAGUUACCCUGAGGGACUCUCUACUGUGUCAGAGUUACCCCCCCCCNNCCCCCCCCCCCCCUCCUCCAAGAUUCACCUGUACAUACACACACACAUCCCACAAUGCAAUUCCAGUGAGUUAUCACAGAGAAAACUUAGAGCAAUGUGUUCAAUUAGUUUUUUAUUUUGUAUUAAUGUUCAAGUUGAUCUACAACAUUGCAGAUGUACAUUUUCUCCAAAUAAAUUCAGCAAAA